AUGAAAACUGUGUUUGUUUUACCUAUAUUUAUAUGUUUGGUUAACAGUGCACCGAAAUUAAGGUUAACUCCCGAACACCUGGCGCCGCCAUCUCUAUUAACUCUCCCUAGCAACGCAACUAGUAUACGUACAGACAUCAGCGAUUCUUUCCAUUGCGAAGGACGGGAUUAUGGAUACUAUGCUGACGUAGAAAACGAUUGUCAAUUAUUCCACGUGUGUCUACCAGUGACGUACUCGGACGGAAGGAACCAAACUUUCAGAUGGAGCUUCAUAUGUCCAGAAGAAACGGUUUUCAAUCAAGAAAUGUUCACGUGUACAAGAUCAGAUGAAGCCAUUGAUUGCGCAGAAUCUCCAAGAUACUACGAAUUAAACAGGAAUUUCGGUAGCGAAGAAAUUAUUAGUGAAGUAGUCGAUUCCUUCGUGAAUUCCACGCCUGAAAGUCAUUAUUUAGAAGAAGCUACAGCUUUACCAGAAGUGCCGCAAGGUUUAGGCAGGAAUCUAUCUAGGAGAGGAGGCAUUAAAUCUGACGCGAAGAAGCAAUAAGACAUUUUUUGUUAAAUUCCGCUACAGAGAUUGAAUUUGUAACUGAUAGUACCAUAGAUAAAUUUCUUUCAUAGAUUCAGUAGAUACGUCUGGAUAUUCUUUUAAUUAUUCUUGAAGAAGACUAUUUGGUUGAUGGUAAUCUUCUCAGUGGUAAACCAGUAGUCAAUUCGAACCAAGUCUUUGCGUUUACUAUUGCCCUUUGGGCGAAUCUCUUACUUUAAUAUAGAAACUAAUACUUUUCAAUUCAUCUCUGUAGCUCAAAAAAAUAGUUCAAGAAAAAUUACCCCGAUGGCAUUGUUUUUGGUUGCUGCCAUCGUGUGGGUACUUUUUUAAUUUUAUGAGACGGUAAUAAAUAAAUAA